AUGACUGCCACCGUUAACGUUUACCUCGACAAGCAGGAGUACGGAAAGGACAAGGUCCGCCUCCUCAAGGUGCACAAGGACACCAACGUCCACCGCGUCGACGACCUCACCAUCCGCUGCCUCCUCUCCGGCUCCUCUUUCACCACCUCCUACACCGAGGCGUCCAACAAGGCCGUCGUCGCCACCGACUCUAUCAAGAACACCUGCUAUAUCCUCGCCAAGUCCUCCAAGGUCGUCGACACCCUCGAGCUCUUUGCCGCCGAGCUCGCCAACCACUUCUUGAACACCUACGGUUGGGUCGAGGGCGCCCACGUCACCAUCAUCCGCCACCGCUGGGCCCGCAUGAUCAUCGACGGCAAGGAGCACAACCACUCCUUCUGGCGCGAUGGUGACGAGACCCGCCAGACCGAGAUCUUUAUUAAGCGUGGACCCAACUGCAAGGGCCGCCGCACCAUUGACCUCAAAUCCUCCAUCGCCGGUCUCCUUGUCCUCAAGACCACCGGAUCUUCCUUCGAGGAUUUCGUCCGUGACGAGUACACCACCCUCCCCGAGGCCAAGGACCGCGUCCUCUCGACCUGUGUCGACGCCACUUGGGAGUUCAACGUCCCCGCCGUCGACUCUGUCAACGUCCUCUCGACCCUCGGCCAGAUCCCCUUCAACACCAUCUACGAUUCUGUCCGUGAUGUCACCUGCGACAUCUUUGCCAAGGAUGAGUCUGCGUCGGUCCAGGCUACUUUGUACAAGAUGGCUGCCAAGUCGAUCAACAACUGGAAGUGGUUGGAGCGUGUCUCCUAUGCUCUUCCCAACCGCCAUUUCUUUGCCGUCGACUUGAACUACUUCCGUGGCACCAAGAACUUGCAGGAGCAUGCUGAUGUCUACCAGCCCGUCGCUGACCCAUCCGGUCUCAUUACCGCCACCGUUGCCCGCUCCCUCAGUGCUCGUCUUUAA